AUGGUCACAGAAGUAGAGCCUACGCGACUGGCCCCUCGCGUUCAAUUCGUUCCAAGCGCAGAAACUCGCCUCCCUUUGCCGAGACAAGACUCCCCACCUCAGCGUCCUGCAGAUGUAGGGCCGAUCCUCGACCCUGACAACUACAAUCUACCUCUUGAUUCUUGGACUGAAGACUAUCACUUCAAGUAUUACCCGGAGAAAGAGCACAAGAAUGCACCUUCACCUGAGCCACAAAGUCCUCCUGAGUUCAAAGAUGCAUAUCUCUCGCCAGUCCUUGCCCGGAAUGAGAGACUGCGUCUGACCAUAUUAUGGUACUACACUCGAGGACUUGAGGGUGAUAAGGAUUUGUUAUUGAGGAUCCAAGAAAAAGUCCGCCUGGUCAGAGAGAUCAUAGGCUGGGAGUUUGCAUUGACAGGGCUUCUUGACAACGAUGUGUACACCCGGAUUGCUGCCGUUGGGCUACCACUUGCUAUACUCCCGCGCAGAGAGAGCACAUGUGCGCACACCAUUAAUCAAGACGGACUGUUUAUGCUUACGAAUAUGGACGAGGACUGGCGCUUUCAGAAGUCUCCGCAUGUCCAGAUAGGAGGCCUUCGUUCGUAUGCUGGAUGUGCUCUCAAGAUCGAGACUGAGUUCGGCGAGAAAGUUGCACUGGGGUCGCUGUGCGUGGCCUCUAAUACUCCACAAGCACCUUUGUCACCUACCAAACAGGCGGCACUGGACAGCUUUGCUGAUAUGAUUACGGCGGAGCUCGUUCACGCUGCGAAACUACGACGGCAGCGAGACCGUCAUCAUAUGUCUGAUCUGAUUGCAAGGCUAGAAGGGAAACUGUUUCUUAACUGCGAUGCUGAAACGCUCGUGUUAGAUACCUUGAGGGAGAAAUACCCUCACGCAGUCGUGAGCCUGCAGCAGUCUGGAUCCGAUCAGGUUGCAUUGUCUGGUCGCGAUGCCAUACCGUACACCGACGUCGUGGACGGGGUUUAUGAAGAUACAGAAUACCUGGAGUCGAUUAUUGCAACCUCAAACCACACAUCUCUUUCAAGCCAAAGAACAGUCCGAGCAAUCGUACGGAAGUGUCAGCAAUUCCAGACUCCAACAUACAUGAUCGUGGCCUCGAAUGAUGUUCAAUUCGUUUUCGAUGAUGUCGACUCUGGGUUCGUGGAGCGAUGUGCGCUUGCUUUCAGUACGUAUCGACAGGAACAAGAUCUUAACAAGGCACUGAAAGCAAAGGAUAUAUUCCUCCGUGGCAUCACACACCAGCUGAGAACACCAAUUCAUGGCGUCCUUGGGUCUGUAGAGCUUCUGGCUGAAGAAUUGAAGGCGCGCAAACUUUUGAGUGAUCAAAUUGAGCAAUUGCAAGCGCCAUUGCAGGAGUUCGAUGCUUCUCCGUUCAUUCGUACCAUCAAGUCCUCCGGCCGUGACCUAAUGACUAUCGUCGAUAGCAUGCUCAAACUAAACCGAUGGGACGAUGUGAGUCACAAACCGACGGUGGUCAGUCUUUCAGAGCUCCGAGAGAUGGAAGUAGCCAUCCUGUCGGACAUCGCCCAAACUUUUCAAGAGGAGGCUAUGACCGGCAAAUGCGUCUUCUAUCUUAACCAACUUCAACAACAAUGUGCUACUUUGACUAUAGAUCUUGUGUUACUUAAAGACUGCCUACAACAUCUGGUCAUGAACGCGAUACAGAACACUCAGAGCGGACUGAUCAAUGUCACCAUAUCGUCCUCUCCUGACUGUCAAAGUCUCAUUGUCGAUGUCGAAGAUACUGGCUGUGGCAUUCCCCAACAAGACCACACUAGAAUCUUCGAGCCUUACGAGAAGAUCGACCCUCACAGCAAAGGUAUCGGCCUUGGCUUGACUCUUGCUUCGAAACUUGCAAAUCUUAUGGACGGUACCGUAAGUCUUGUGCAGUCAACAGUAGGCAAAGGCUCGCAUUUCCGCAUGCAUUUCCGAAAUCCUCGAUUCGCCCCUGAAGUAAAUCAGAAUACGCCUCUCAUCCGAACGCUUCGACAUCUCCCCUCCGUCUAUUCCCUACACUCUUCUUCAGGUGUUGUUAGCCAGCUUUCAGAUCACUUUGCUCAGUAUCUGCGAAGCAGAGGACUCGAGCAUUCUACCAAGUCUAACGACUCAUUGGCUAUCAUAGAUUAUACCGAGGACGCCGACAGCUUUGAAUCGAUUGUCAAGUCUCUCGAUCCGAUGCAGGUCGCAGUGUGUCUUGUACCAUCUGGGAGAAGAUAUGAACACCUGGAACGUAUACCCGACGCACGAAGGGUCGUCAUACUAAGAGGCCCAUAUACGUCCAACCAACUGGACUGCACGCUAUCCAAUGUAGACUCCCUCCUCGCUCCGCCCUUGGAAACACAAAACGAGACAGUCGUCGAGGGACAGACCGAUACUCAAAGAGUGGUGAUCACGACCCCAUCCUCCGUCGUCUGCUUACAAGAAGAGCAUAAACCUCCUCCCGCACAGCACAUCAAUAGCCCAAACGCCAUCACCGAAGUCACCAUACAGGCCACCAUCAACAUCCGCUCCACUCCCCCCUCUUUCAGCCCUCCUCUUUCACCCCGAGAAACAGCUGAAGCCCCCUUUGCCCUCCUCGUCGACGACAACAGCGUCAAUCUGCAGAUCAUAUCCAUGUAUUGCAAAAAGCGCAAGAUCCCCUACGUCACCGCAAUCAACGGCGAAAAAGCCGUCGCCGCAUUCUCAAAUCCACGUCUCCCAUCGCCGUAUCAACAUCGACGCGUCAACCUGAUCUUGAUGGACCUGCAAAUGCCUGUCAAGGACGGCAUCGACGCAACACGCGAGAUCCGUGCUCUUGAGAAACAGCUUGGAUUGCCGAGAAGCGUCGUUCUUAUGGUCACGGGCCAGGAUAGUCCCGUGGACAGGGUGCGCUCUGCUGAAGCGGGUGCGGACGGGUUCUUUGUCAAACCUGUUGCUAUGAAGGCCUUGGAUCAGGGUAUAAAAGGCCAUUUCCCAGAAUUUGGUGGUGCGGGCGUGUGA